UACUUAUGGAAUAUAUCUACUGCUCGUGCUCUGGAGUUUGAAGAACCUUGUCUAGGAUUACAUCCCACCACAGAUACCUGUCAAGGAUGUGUCAUAUGUCAGUGCUGUAUACAGUAAUAGUACAGAUAUGCAUAUACAGUAUGUACCUGUACUGUAUAGUAAUGUAUUGAGAUGGACAGUGUGUGUGUGUGUGUGUGUAUGGAGAAAAUUAGAUCACAACUUUUGCCAAAUGAGUACAGUAAUGUGAAAGUACUGUACUGUACAGGUGUACCUGAAUAUUUGAAGUGUGUAUGAGUAAGAAAUGAUAUUGUUCAAAACAUUUGAUGGUCGUGUGGAAAAAAUACCCGUACCUCCCUGUGUAAUGAAAUAAACAUCAGCUUUCAUUACCAGUCUGGUGACAUUUAAAUGAAACAUUACAGUUUUAUGAUCCAAAUCUGUUUUUCACAUGAAGGACAUGUGUGUAGACUGAGAGUUGAAGCUUUAAUCAAAAGAAAGGUUCAUCCAACACUUCACCAAGCAGUACAUGCCAUACAUUUGAAAUUAAUAAUACUAAAACAGGUUCCAUGUUAAUAUUUUCAGGUGUCAGCCAUGUUAACGCUUUCCUUCAAGCACACAAGGGUCCCGGAGUGCAGCACAUUGCGCUACACUCUCAAACUAUGACAGCCACUGUCAAAUAUAUGAAUGAUAAUGGAGUAGUGUUUAGGAAACCUCCAGCAGUUUAUUAUCAAGAGGGUAUCAAACUGGAAGAAAUUGAAGAUAUAGGCCAUGGGGAGGAAAUUGAGCUAUUCCGAGAACUGGGAAUAUUAUUGGAUGCAGAAAAAGAUGUCUUUGCAGAUAGUGAUAUGCCUGGUCAAAAGAGAUACCUCAUGCAAGUGUUCACCAAGCCAAUCUUUGAAGAAGACACAUUUUUCUUUGAAAUCAUCCAACGUUGUGGUGCAACUGGCUUCGGUGCUGGAAAUAUUACAGCUCUUGCAAAAGCCAUUGCACUCUCUCAGCAACAAGUUGACAAACCUUUAGACUUUUAAUAUUGAAGUAUACACAAUUGGUUUUUUCAGUAUUUAUCAAUAGACUGAGAUCCAUUUACCACUGAGAUAUGUACUAUAAUUACAGUAUUAACAUACCGUA